UUGUCCCCUCGCUGACCCCGGAAAUAACACUGAUUAAAAGGAAAUGUGUACAUGCGUCAAUACGUGUUGAGCUUGUGUAGCUUGGGACCAACCAAGAAGGAUCGUAUGAGGGCUGUCUAUUAAAAUUGGUAGCCAUUUGUUAGGCCAGCGCUUCAUGUAUUUUUAAGUUUUGACAACCUUUAUGUGCAAUUAUUCCCGUUGAUUGUUCUUCCGACGUCUUCACUUUAUUUCAUCAAGUUUUACAGAUAUACGGACCUCUUGGUUUGUCCCUUAAAUGUCGUCAUAUCCCCCCACUCCUGAUAACACGCGCAGGUGUAAAGGCGUACAGGAUACCGUGUUAAUGAUUAAACAUGUGUGGACGGAUUAUGUUGCUAAAUAGUUGAGGACCAUGACACUUGCUGGACUGUUAUAUAACACUUACGGGCUCUGCUAAAGUAUUAAGUGAUCAAAACGUAGCUAUAGUGACAGAAAAAAAUGUUCUGGAAAAUUGUACAAACCAGACCGUCGAUUGUGGCACCAAGCAACAUUAGAAUUGUUUCUAGGUCACAAUACCAAAAUAUGCAUCCAGAUGAUGCAAUAUUUUGAAACCUUUUUCGUCAAUCAGCAAUUCUGUGUUAUUGAUCAGGUAACUGGUACAGAAGCAAAGAGCAUCUGGUGGUAUUUUAAAAGUUGGAAUACGGAAUAUGUACUAGCGUUAAAUAUGUGAAGGAUUCCACUCACCUCGUGAGCGCCAUGAACAUCGCUCAUUCAAAAUUUAAUGGCUGACAUAAAGUUGAGGUAAAAAGAGGAAGUAAAACCAUAGUUGCCUCUAAUUGUGUUUGCACAACCAGUGACUCAUCAUGGUACUACGUAUAUUUCUUUCAUCGUCUACGAGCUGCCAGAGUAAACAUAAUUGUUAUUCGCGAUCGACACGACACAAUAUAGAUAUUGAUUUAAACAGCAAUGUCCCAGACUGCAUGUACGUCUUGACAUAUUGUGCCUGGAGAGAUCAUGGUUAUCGUGCGGAAGGUCGAAAGUUCGACGCUCGUUCAUUUUUAUUGACCAUAUCUUUUUCUGUCACUUCAUAUUUCCGAAGAAUAAGCACCAACAGAAAGUAUUCUUCUGCCUGCAGACUCUAAAAUGAUUCAAAAUCAAUGCACCUAGGUUCAUGACGACGCCGUCGACACAACAACCAUCAAGAUGGAGGGACAGGGAUCAGACAAUGGUCCUCUGUUCCCGCCAUCCUUUGCUCCAGCACCAGGGCCAAUACCCUUGCCGACUUCUGGCAUUGCUAUGAUCACCAAACCCCGGGCUUUCGUGCCCAAUGAUAAUUCAGAAGAGGAUGGAAAAGAUGGUAGGAUUAGCAUUGAGGCGGUGGUCAUCCCCAUUUUGUGCGGAGUGUUAGUCCUUGUGUUAUUGGUUUGUUUGCCAUGAGAUACAGGGCAGCAAGGACAAACAAACACCAGAGUUUAGAAGAGCAUAUAGAGCUGGAACGUGGUUCAGCCGGCAGGCGACACCUAGCGGUGGCGGACCAGAUAGUGAAUUCAACCUUCCAACCCCGGCGCUCUGAUGAGUUGACGUUGGAAGUUCCUGUCGACUGUACGUAUCCCCUUAUGGCCGAAACUGAUGAAAAUAACCUGCCAACGGUAGAUCAGACAGUGAACUCUACUUCUCUCCCUCAGAACACCUCCGAAUCGUCCCUAGAGCCCUCAGUCGAUUGUACCUGUCCGCUCAUGGACUACACUGACAAAAACAACAUUUUUCUCAACGACGGACUGUCAAAGGACGAUUCGCAGCCUAAUUCUCUAAAUCUCUGGCCAGGUCCCUCUGCAGAACCAACUCCCGUGACUUUUCAGAAAAUGGCACCAUCAAAUCUCUACAUCCACCAGUUUUCCCGCCAUUUUGACCACGAUGGCGGAAAGUUGGCUGUCCCGAAGUUGUCCGAUGUGGAGGUCAUCAUCCCUCGCGGGGCCAUCCCGAAAAACCUGAAUGGCGAGCUGGCGAUUGAAGCCCGUGUGGUUAGACCGGAUAUCAAUUUGAACCUGGCGGCUGGUGCAGUAGAGGAGAAACGUUGUACCGAGCACGAACUCCAGCUCUCCCCAGCAGUCGAAAUGCUAGCAGAGGGAAUACUGAAAUUCGACAAACCUGUCACCAUCCGAAUCCCUCACCGCGCGAGCGUCGACAAAGCCGAUUGGUCACCACGAGUGCAGUGCAGCGAAUCACAGGUCGGCUCUCAGAUGCAGUGGAAGGACAUCCCUCCCGAGAGCAAGGACAACAACUCUGCCUUGGUGGACUGCUGCUAUACUUACGACGCCAGCUACGUCUACGUCAAAACUACGCAUUUCACGACUUAUGUGGUUACGGGGUGUUGUAAGAAAAGGAGAGCUCUGGACCUGCAGUGUGUCGUGUUCGGACAGUAUGUGGAGCGUGGUGAGGAACAGGAGGUGAUAUUCAGGGUGUACCUGUGUGACACCAUAGUGGACCACCGUCAGAGUCUAAAGAGCGAUGAGGGGCAGUGUGGCGGGCGGGAGGUGUGCAUGCCGCGCCCGCUGAGCUUGGCUCAUGGGAAGAGCGACAUCAUUGUGACGUUAUUGGAUGAGGUCAAAAAGAGCGAGCCACCUGUAAGUAGUUGGCCGUGGACCGUAGACAGCCUACAUGGGACGCAGACUAGUCAACAGUCCAUAAAGGCCCAGAGCUGCAUUAAAUGUGUCAAGUGCAGCCCGGCACACAGAGCACCGUUCGCUCAGUUCAUCUGCAAACCGACGGACCCGACUGCGAGACAGUCCCACAUCGUGGCGUCAUUCGAGGUCAAAGAGAGGCCCGCACGACGAAAGAAGACCGAGGUAGACGAACCCCUGAUCAUGAGCGUGAGGGACUUUGAACUUGUUAAGCAACGAGCCAAGACUAUCACGUGUCAGUCUGUGCGAGAAGGGGACCUUGCCAAAAUUGCUGAACUCAUCCCUAUAAAGGGAGUAAAACCCUUAGCCCGCCAGUAUCUGGACCUCACCGAUGUAGAGAUACAGGCAAUAGAGAGGGACCACCAGAAUGACUCCAGAGAGCAAACGACCCAGUUUCUGCUGGCAUGGAGGCGGAAGGAGGGUUCUCGUGCAACUCUUGACAAGUUGGUCAAGUCCCUGACAUCUUGUGGUCUCCACGAUGCUGCGGAUGUCGUACGCCAAAUGCAUGCUUCACAGUGUGUUUCACUUGCGUGAAAGUCCAAACUUUGAUUUAUUUUUUGAGCAUCUACAGAGUUUUUUUACCAUUGAACAACAUUUACAGAGGAAGCUGUCAUUUGAUUCAUAUUAGCAAACAGGUUUAGUCGCAAGGCCAAUGGAAUACAUAGAGUCGAGAAAUAUACAUGUGGUAGAGAUAUCGGAAACAUAUAUGUGAUAGUAGACGGUGAUUGAAAUUACUGCAACAAGAGACUAAUUCAAGAAGCUGGUGCUGGCUAUAUCUAUACAAGCAGAGGAAGAUGAAUACCACACUUUUAUAUAAUUU